AUGAAGCUUUCGUUGUCGUCGUCGUCGUCGUCGUCGUCGUCUUUCUCUCUCCUCAAGUUCUCUGCGUCGAACUCUUUGAACUCUGGCUUUGCUUUGCUUCCGAAUUUUCGUUUCUCUCUCUUCCCCCGUUUUCUCUCUCCUCCUGCAAAUCCCCUCUCCUCUGCGAUUCACGUUCACCCAGUUCAUAGCUUUGUACUUCUUACAUUCGCAUCUUCUCUCAUUCAUCAUUUUUUCGUGAAAGAUUUAGAAGCAGAGUUGAAGAAAAACAUUAAAGUUGAACCGGUAGAAGAUCCAGAAGGAAUUAUGUCAUUGUGUUAUAAGAAUGAUGCAGAUAUGGAUGUACCGAUUGUUAAGGUGCGCUUUGCUGGGGCAGAACUCGAACUCAAGCCUUCAAAUACAUUUGUUAAAGUGCAGGAAGAUAUGGUGUGUUUUGCAAUGAUACCAGCAACUGAAGUGGCUAUCUUUGGGAAUUUGGCACAGAUGGAUUUUCUUGUAGGGUAUGAUCUUGAAGAGGGAAAAGUCUCCUUUAAAUCAGCUAAUUGCUCUCACCUUCAAUUCUGAUGUAGUGCUGUGCUGCAGUAGUUGUUCACUGAUGUGUGUUAUUUUUAGAGUUCCUUUGACUCUUUGGCAUGUUGGCCAAAGUUGACUUUUGUUGGAUUCUUGGCUUUUGUUCUAGUUUCAGUAGGUUUUUAGUUGAUGAUGCUGCCUGGCUGCUUGUUUUUUUGAUUUACUUUUUUGUUUUUGAAGAUCGGGCCUUUACUUUUGAAUAAUUUUGAUUUACUUUUUUGGGUUUUUGCUUUACUUUUAUUUAUUCUAUUUAAAAACACUA